AUGGGAAGAGAGUCACGGAAGAGUCUGCGCAUUGUAUCGCGCCCAGCGCCUGAGGCAGCGUCGCCCCCACCCCCGGCGCCCACGCCCACCCCCGACGACAUCAGCGUGAUGGGCCGCAAAUGGGUCGAGCAGCUUAUGGCGGCGCAGGAUGAGCGCGAUGGCGAGCUGCUUUGUGAUCCGUUCAUGCGCUUGCCCAGUAAGAAGCAGUAUCCUGAGUAUUAUGUCGUCAUUCGGCGCCCUAUGACACUCACAGAAAUCCGCAACAAGUUAAAACAGAAACACUAUACCACCUUCCAAGAUCUGAGGCAGGAUCUGGAGUUGAUAUGUACCAAUGCGAAGCGGUUCAACAUGCGCGAUAGCGAGAUCUGGCUCAAAGCACGCGAUCUGCACGCGCUGAUCAAAGAGGGCGCUUCGCGGAUCUACGAGGAAUGGCUCGAAAGCGCUUCGUCGUCCACGGCUGCGCCGCCUACGUCGGCGAUCGAGACCGAGCCGGCUACGCGCCCGCACAAAAUCACACUCCGCGCGCCACGGCCCUCGGAUCCAACGCCGUCGUCGUCUACCCCGGCGAAGCGCGUCAAGGUGAAGAUCAGUACAUCGCCAGAGACCAAGCAUUCGUCCCCAGCGCCGAGCCAUACAGCUACGCCGCCAACGACGACAACGACAACGACAACCUCCUACGUACCUUCAGUGCACAGCGCGGCCGUGGGCCUGAAACCAGCGACGCCCCCUGUGCUGCGCACCACCGAUACCACGUCGUCGCACGAGAGUCCCUCGACGCCGUCCGAGCCACGUCGGCGUGGCGCGCCGCGUGGCAAGCGCCUGAAAGUGAUGCUGCGGUGGGCCGUACAGAGUUUGAUGGCGUUGCAGGAUAGCGACAAGCGGCCGUACUCGGAGCUGUUUAUGGAGCUGCCGUCGCGUGAAGAAUACCCAGACUACUACCAAUUCAUUCGCGAGCCUAUCUGCUUUGGCGAUAUGGAGCGCAAGUUGGAACGCAAAGAGUACAUCAAUCCGUAUGCAUGGGACAAGGAUAUGCGCCUGAUGCUUAGCAAUGCCAAGUUUUACAAUGAAGAAGGCUCGCAAGUAUGGAACGAUGCUCAGGCGCUGGAACGGUACUUGGACAAGACCAUCAUUCCGACGCUCCUCGCAGAGGGAUUUACGUUGGACCCGAAUGAUCAUCGACAGGCCGCACAGCCGUCCAACAUGCCCAGCCAGGCGCCACCGACGCCUACGCAUACCCGUUCGCCCGCGCCGUCUUCGCCUGCCGCCGCCGCCGCUAAGCCGUCAGGUGCGUCGGCGCCUGCCAAGCCGCCCCACCCGUCGUCAAGCGCAUCACCACAGCCAGGGACGCCGACCGCGGCCCCGGCUCGCGCGCCGUCGGUACCGCAGCCACAACCAAGAGAGUCGCCCUCGCCCUCGCCCUCGCCCUCGCAGCCGCCCCCACCUCCGCCGCCGCCGCCAAAGAGUGCCCCGCCUGUAUCGUUGGAACGCGUCGUCCUGGAUAUGGAACGGAAGCAGUGGCCGGCGCACCCCGCGACGUUUGCAACGCCGGACGUAUGCUACGAGCCUUUGCCAGCUUCCGCCUGCGCCGCAUCGUCGUCGCGACUUCAUCUGCAGAUGCGCUCGUAUACAAAUCAGCAACGCACAGCCAACGUACGCCUGGUCCUCGCCUCGCCUGCGACCACGCACGUCCUCGUCGUCCCACGCGGCACGCACACGACAGAAUGGCGAUGGCACGUCCCACCGCGUGCGCCGAACGCCACGGAUUUGCCGGCGUUCCGUGUUCGAUGCAAUGCACAGAGCCUCGAAGGGGUGUGGGACGAACAUGUGUACGCUACGACAUGGCACGUCCAGCCAGGGCUGCAUCGACUGGACGUGGUAUGGACUUGGCCGGACGUGCAGAGUGCUACGCCGCACGACGAACACGCGCGCAUCUAUGUUCGUGUAGAAGGGAUAUAG